CACUUUGCUCGUUGCACGCGGCUUGGAGCUGCCAAGACGCUAGUGCCUGCAGCCCAUUUUCAGUUUCGCGAUCGAGGAUACCAUCGCUCACGACACGCGCGCCAACCCACGAUACCCCCCGGAAGCCAUCCAACAUGGUCGUCACAUCUUCCUGGUCCAACGUCGAGGACGAGGUCUUGAAGGCCGCCAUCAGCAAGUAUGGGCUGAAUCAGUGGUCGCGAUGCGCCUCGCUGCUGUCCAAGAAGAGCGCGAAGCAAUGCAAGUCGCGCUGGACCAACUGGAUCGACCCCGCUAUCCGGAAGACGGACUGGUCGAGAGAAGAAGAUGAGAAGCUCCUGACCAUGGCCAAGCUCCUCCCCACCCAAUGGAGAACUAUUGCGCCCAUUGUUGGACGAACGGCGACACAAUGUCUCGAGCGCUACCAAAAGCUGUUGGACGAACAAGAAGCAAGAGAGUCUGGUGAUCUUGGACUGGCGGGUCCGGAGGGUGGAGAUUCAGCUGCCCCUUCAGCAGAUGAUGUACGCCGUCUUCGUCCCGGAGAAGUCGACGCAUACGCCGAGAGCCGCCCUGCAAGACCCGACGCAGUUGACAUCGACGAGGAAGACAAGGAGAUGCUGUCAGAGGCGCGUGCGCGUUUGGCAAACGUCAGCGGAAAGAAGGCCAAGCGGAAGGCCCGCGAGCGGCAACUGGAGGAAUCGAGGAGGCUUGCCUUACUUCAGAAGCGACGAGAGCUGAAAGCUGCCGGUAUCAACAUCAAGAUUACUCCAAAGAAGGGCAACCAUAUCGACUACAACGCCGACGUACCGCUCGAGAAGGAAGUCCCCUCCGGCUUCUUCGACACUACCGAGGAAAUCGACCGCAAUGAGCAACAACGAGAGGCUUUCGAUCCGCGAAAGCAACAGCUUGCGAACAAGAGGAAGAUGGAGUCACAGGAAGACGGAGGAGGUGACAGGAAGAAGAAGAAAGAUGAGAAGUCAGGAGGUCUUGCAGCGUCGUAUGCUAAGGCCGCACAAGCGCAGAGGAUAAGGGAAGCAGAACAGAGCAGCAAGCGACGCGGUCUUGUGCUCCCAGCGCCGCAAGUCGGAGAGGCGGAGCUGGAAGAUAUCGUCAAGAUGGGAACGACCGGACAGCGCGCAAUCACUGCGGGUAGCAGCGAUAACAUCGCGACGCAGGGCCUGAUCGGGAACUACUCGAAUGUGAUUGGCAACACACCCAUUCGUACGCCCAUGGCUCCCAAGGAGGAGGACUACGUCGCAAACGAAGUACGGAACGCCCGGAUGCGAACAGAGACCCAGUCUGCCUUACUGGGUGGCGAUAAUCCAGAUCUCGUAGACGAUGAAGCACCUGCCUCGCUGUCUGGACCCGCUUCACGACACCAGAUUGUGACACCAAACCCUAUGGCAACACCGUUCAGGCAAGCAAAUGGCGGAGCUGGAGAAACACCCAUGCGCCAGGGACCGGGAGCGACGCCCAUGCGAACACCACGCGAUACCCUACGCCUCAACGGAGAGGAAAGUGGCAUGCAACUUGUUGGCCAAACCCCCCGCGACAUCAAGUUAAGGGAGCAAGCAAAGCGGCAAGACUUGAAGAGCAGGCUUGCUGCGCUGCCAAAACCCAAAGAAGAGAGCUGGGAGUUUGAGCUCCCAGAAGAGCAGGCAGAUCACAUGGAAGUCGAACUUAGCGAGGAAGAUGCUGCUGAGCGCGACCGAAAAGUUCGUGAAGCGCGCGAAGCCCAAGAAGCUGCAGACUUCGGCAGGCAAAGUCAAGUCGUGCAGAAGUUCCUUCCAAGGCCUUCGCUAGUCGACAUCGAUGUUAUGAUGAAGCGCGCGCUGGACCUCUCUGAUCCUGUCGAACGCGAAGUGGAGAUUGAGAUGGCUAAGCUCAUCGCGAACGACGUCCAGAAGUUCGGCGAUGGCCGAGUCACCGGUUCAGUGCAACGUCUCGAUUCCAUGACCGAUGAUGCUCUCCGAAAUGCCAAGAUGGAGCUUGCCCUUGAGCUUGCGAUGACAACAGACAAGGACAAGAAGGCCUUCCACGCCGAACUCGACAGCUCCUGGACCACACUUCACGGUUCCGCAAUCCUGCCUGGUAUUGCAGGCUACGAGGAGGACGAAAUCGACGAACACCAACUGCUCGUUGAAGCCUUCGAUAACGCCCAAGAGUCCAUCAUCGAAGCCGCGGAACGCGCGAACAAGAUCGAAAAGCGAUUAAGUACACAUCAUGCCGGAUACGUUAAACGAUCAACUCUACUACGAGAGAAGAUCAGCGGUGCAUUCUCAGCACUCGAGCGUGCCAGGGACGAUUUGAACACAGCAAGGACGGCACAGUACAGCGAGCAAGAUGGUAUCGCACGCAGACUGGAGAGCUUGCGCGAGGAAGUUCAGUUCGUUACGAAGAGGGAGAGAGAAGCACAGGAGCUGUACAGGAAGCGAAAGGAGGAGUUGGACAACUUGCAACAGCCUGUCAACGGUGUACACUAAACGAUUUUUUGGGUAGACACUUUAGUCUAAGCCAGUGUUUUGAUAUGAUUAGGGGAUAGUUGGAAGGUCGGUAUGCAUUGGCGUGGCGUUGGAAAUUGCACGGCAGGUACAUUUUGAGACUGCUUUUGGAAAGUGAAUGUCAUUACUAUGAUAUAUCUCAACCUAGUUCAACUCGUGAUCAUGUUAAUUGUGAUGGUCUACCGGCGGGGAUGUCGGACUUGUGGUUACCAAACGGUUCGUAGCGUCAGGUACCAAAAAUCUUGUUCCCUGACUUUUACCCAAUAUAUAAAGUAGGCUUCAAAGGUCUUCACCAUGUUACACUAUGCAAGCGCAUUGCCCAACAUACCAGCUAGUACCUUCAGGCUCGUUUGUUAGGGCCGGGCAUUACCUGAAAUGCGAGGCU